AUGCCUACUCCCAUCCCUUCCACCACAUCCCGACAGGCUCUCCUUGAGAAAUCCUCCAACUCUAUACUACCUCCCCCAAAUCACUUCAAUGCUCCCAACAGCACCAUGAACAAACCUAUCACAUUGCCAAAAGGCACUGGCGUUCCUGUUACAUCACCACCCGCCGUUGCUGGCCAGAAACGAUCAAUUGAUCACGUGGAUGCAGAUGAUGCCAUGACACAUGGUUCUUUCCACCAGGCAACUCGCGACCAGGAGUUUUAUAUCUAUGAAGAGCCGUCGCGGUCAAUCGUUGAUCUCGGAAGAGAGACUUCAUAUUUGCGCCAGUCCGCUGCCGUCGCCGACCCUCGUCUGGCUAGACGCGAGCAAGAGUCUCAAGAGAGUGUAGGUCUAUCAUCACUUCUCAACCUAAGCCAAGCUUCCGAGAACAAUUUUUCUAUCACACAUCCCACAACCACCCGACAGAGCACAGGAGACUCCACCGAGCCCACCAGAUCUGUGGUUCCAACGGAUCCAGAAGAGCGAAGGAUAUUUAUCCAGGAGAAAGCUACUUUGCUUCGAGUACGAUUACAAGCUGCUGUGAAAGUCAUGGAUCGCAAGCAGGAUCUUGACCGCCGUCUCGCCGAGUUUGAAGCUCGUUAUGCAGCGCAGAGAAAGUAUUGGGAGGAAACGAUUGCACAACUCAACAAGAGCUGCGAAAUCGCUGCAGCCCUGUACAAAGCGGUCCCGAAUGAAAAGACACCGAAGCUGGACCCGUCGCCCUCUCUUCGCGAGGGAGUUCCAAUGCCUACGAUGGAUUCCUCUCCUCCUUCCUCGAGCGCAAGCGGAACUCCGCACAGCCAGGCCACUCCAAAACAAACCGCUUCGAGCUCUCACCGCCAGUCCCACGGACUCAUGUCGCCAAUCCACCUUGCAAGGUCUGAUCAGCAUGGGAAUGUGAUCAUUGUUGACAGAGAUAUCAACUGUUCAGUGGAAAAAAUGAUGGCCAAGGUCAAGCGAGGCGAGGCGUUGGAUGGGCUUCUGAAAUUGAUGGAGACUACAACUGAGUAUGACGGGUUGGAUGAAUGGACUGGGUAG